UAGACGUGCGACCUUACCGCGAUCCCAACUAUCGUAUACGAAAUACGAUCGACGUAUCGCGUUACGAUAAACGAAAAUGGACUGAUAUUUUUUAAAAUGAUUUUAGUUUUCAUUUUAAUUUAAUUAUGUACACAUUUUAACGUUUGAAAGUGUAUUAAAAAUAUGUAAAUUAUUGAGAACGUGAUCUUUAGAAGUGACACUAUGUGGGUGCGACCGUCAGCAAAACAGACGACCUAAAAUCAAAUCAAAUGUGUAGAUGUAGAAAUUUAACAAUAAAAUCAAGAAGCCCGAAGAUGAAGAGGCGAUCGCUGCCGACCGUCCGCGAGGAGAGCCGCGGGAUCAGCUUGUGCAACAGUGAUUUAGUAAUCUACGUAAUGGUGACGGCCACUGCCGUGUUCAGUUAUGUGAACAGUUUGAAUGGUGACUUCGUACAUGACGACAUCCCCGCGAUAGUAACCAAUGGUGAUGUCGUCGGCACCAAUUCCUUGAAGCAACUUCUGCUGAACGACUUCUGGGGUACACCGAUGUCGGACCCUAGUAGUCACAAAUCGUAUCGACCGCUCACCACACUUUCUUUUCGAUUGAAUCACGCCCUAUGGGGCUUGCGGCCGUGGUGGUGGCAUGCUUGCAACGUCUGCCUGCACGCGGCGUGCUGCGCGCUGGUGGCCCGUGCUUGCGUGACAGUAGCACGGCUGCAGCGGCCCUUCGCUGCCCUCGCUGCUCUGCUCUUCGCAGUACACCCUGUACAUACUGAAGCGGUGGCUGGAGUUGUUGGACGAGCAGAUGUGCUGGCUUGCAUAUUUUUUCUUUCAUCGCUAUUAGUGUACCAUAGACCAACGAGCGGAAAAAAGGGCGUAUGGUUCAGCGUUUUCUUGGGGGCUCUAAGCAUGCUCGCCAAGGAGACUGGAAUUACGAUACUAGUCCUAAACAUUGCCAUCGACUUCUAUAGAUGCUGGCCAUUCGUGAAGAGGUCUAUUACCUCAUGGAAGAUAGAAAAGAAGUGCACAGGUCUGUCUGUGCGGACGUUCAAAGUGCUGGUGUCACUCGCCUUGCUCGUCUGUCUGCGGCUCGCGUUGCUGCAGGGAACCUGGCCCUCAUUCUCCCCCCAGGACAACCCUGCUGCAUUCCAUCCUAGUUUCUUCGUCAGACUAAUGACAUUCUGCUACUUGGCUGCAUUCAACUGGUGGCUGCUCCUCUGCCCCUGGACGCUAAGUCACGACUGGCAGAUGGGCUCCGUGCCUCUCAUCACCAGUGGCUGGGACCCGAGAAACUUUCUCACAUGUGCCGCUUUCGGCGCACUCUUGCUCUUGUGCUAUCGUUGUGUAGCUGACAUUGAGAUUCACCGUCACACGCCCGCUGUCAUUGGAGUAUUAUUGCUGGUCGUACCUUUUGUGCCGGCGUCCAAUUUACUCGUCACAGUCGGCUUUGUGAUAGCCGAACGAGUGCUUUAUAUACCCAGUGUCGGCAGCGUUAUAAUCACGGCGUACGGCGUCCAGUUAAUGUGGUGCUCCAAGCCUGGGACUAAAGUGUUCUUAGUCGUGGGUCUAGCUGUGCUGGCCGGCAGUGGGGUAGCUAGAACCUGCCGUAGGAACAUCGAAUGGAGAGAUCGAGCAACAUUACUGAGAUCGGACUUAGUGAGUUUGCCGCAGAACGCUAAACUGCACUACAACUUCGCAAACUUCCUGCGCGAGACUGAGCAGCAGGACAACGCUAUCAAACAUUACAAAGAAGCUUUAAGGCUAUGGCCGACGUACUCUAGCGCGCACAACAACUUGGGCACGCUGGUAAGCGGCGCGGAGAGCGCGGAGCAGCACUUCCUGCAAGCCAUCAGGUUCAACAAGCACCACGUCAACGCGCACUACAAUCUCGGGAAGUUGUACAAGAAAAGUGGACGUACAAACAUGGCGAUAAGAAUGCUGGAGAAAUGCGUGAUGUUGCGGCCACAAUUCGUGCAGGCGCAUGUAGAGUUACUCACAAUGAUACCCGAACUGGAGAAGCAAAAGGUUUUGUCAAAAUUAGUGCAACUGGAGCCGAAUAAUUGGGAAUAUUACGUUUUAUACGGAAACUGGCUUAGAGAAAAAGGUAUUUUUAAAUUAGCCUUAAAGUACUACCUAGAAGCGAUGCGGCUAACUUUUAAAACUCGAAAUAUUGAAAGUUUGAUUAGAGGCGACCUCAUUUCAUAUCGAUCAGCCGCUUUGAUGCUCAGGAGGCAGGGACAGAAGUCGAGGACGUUACAACUUUUGACAAGAUGGCACACAUGGAGGAGAGGUUGGCCCAGUACGGCAGCUGCUCAUAUGUAUUUAAGAGAAUGGCGACUUAAAAUAGAGUUAGAAGACCGAGUUCAGAUAUACAGUAAAGCUGUGAAUCCAAUAAAGACAACAAAAUGUUUCGACCAUACACAGCUGCUUAUAGAAAUGGGGACAGUCAACCAAGAUCAGAUGCAAAAAGAACCACCUUUGUUUGAUAACCAAGAUAAAACCAUAAAAAAGAAUAUAAAGGAAGACCUUAACAGCAAUGGUAAAACAAACAGUGCAGCGUGUAAUAUCAAAACGUGUAAAAUUAAAAAACGUGGUCCUUCAAUUACAUCGCAAAUCAAGACGAUACAUAACAAAUCUGAAAUCGGACUUAAAGGUAAAAAGUGUAUGCAUAGAAAAGAGAAAAAUUCUAAAGACAAUAUGAUACCAAAGUUAACUGCGCCUCUUUCGGAGCACAUUCUUAUCAAAACGUUUUAAAUCUAGCUUUAUUUAAUUUAAAUUCUAAGGCCGGGAAUACACAUCCCAUUGGGCACGUACCAGCUACUGUAUUUGAUUUUGAGACAGUUAUAACCAAGUAAGUUGAGGGAUAGAACUACGGGGAUAUGAAAUUUGUCACUGACAGGCCUCUAUUCAUACGAUCUCAUAAACAAUUUAAUUUAAUGUGCUAACGCAUAGUGCCAGUCGCUGGCACGUGUCAAAUACCGAUACAUGCCACUCGCUGGAAUGCCUACUGGUAUGUGUAUUUCCGCCUUAAUGUGAUGAAUUGUGUAUAUCUGACUGAAGUGAUGCUAUUCAUAAUUGAAUAUACUAUGUCUAAGAUAAUUUGAGGGUAGUUGUAAAAUAUGCCGACAAUAUCGCAACUUAUUUAAGAUUAUCGUUAAAUUUAGAUAUUUCGUAAACAGAUAUCGUGAAAAUUCCAAUGAUCCAGAUACAAAAUUGUAUUUAAAAACUCAGAUUGUUUUGUGCUCUAGUUGACUGGGAUGUCUUUGACGAAAUGUCUAAAUUUAAUAUUAGAUAGAAAACUAAUUUUAAAAUAACGUUUUGUAGGGAGGGAAAUGAAAACUUAUAUUUUUGACAGAGAAUAUGUCGGUGUAUUUCGAUCGCAAUGCACUGUUUUUUACGCUAGCGUUAGGUGAAAAUGCAUGUAUACAAAGAGUCGCUUUCAUUUUACCCAUUAUCUUGAUUUAUACCAAAAUCCUCUUCAAUUUUACCAUUUUAUCUUUUCAAUUUUAUUAUCUACAUCUUUCUAAUGAUUUUAUUCUGUUCACCGUACUUUAAUUUUUAAUUGCUAAUUAUUAGUAGGGUUAUCACGACGUAAAACAAUUGCAAUGCCAUGUGAUAUUUUGGACGUUAAACAUUUUGUUAGACAAAAUUAGGACUGUCUUAAGAAACUAUGUAUUUUUUACAGUAAAAUUUUUUUUAAGGGCGGGAACACACUUACUGGUUACUGGUUAAAGCAAGUAGCUAGCACGAUAUUUGUUUUUUUGACAACUAAGGGCAUGUAAGUCGAGGGAGGGGUGGAGAGGGUGCCAUUGACACUGAUGUCACGUCUCCUACGAUCGCGUGAACAUUUUCCUGGCAUGUGUAUUCCCGCCCUAAUGUUAAACGAAAUAAGGCUUUUGUAUUGCUUUAUGAAUGUAAAGACUAUAUUUUUUCUGGUGCAUAAUCAUUUUUCAAUAAUUAUUGACUGUGCUAGAUACCGAAGUUUGAACAUACCGCUGCUAUUACUUCAAUAAGAUGUAAAUAAUACUUAAGUGUAACUUAAA